AUGCCGAGCUACUCACUCUGGGUCGAACCCGAUUUCGUGCACUACGCUAGCGCGGUCGCCUUCAUCGGGCGCACGGCGAAGCGGCACGCUUCCGCGCCGUUCUUCACUCCGCACGUCACUUUGGUCGGUGGCGUGGAGUUCGAGGGCGACGACCAUGCGCUCGAGUGGUUCUGCGAUCACGUGGAGGAGUUCGCCGGUGUGACACGAGCCAUUGAGACGACGCAGUUAACUGAGUCUCGCGUCGUCGCCGAGUUAUAUCCGAAGAGUGUGGAGUGCGGGGAGAAAAGACACCAGUGCGUGUACGUCAAGAUGGAAAAGACGGCGUCUUUGUUGCAGGGAUUCAGGAAGGCUUGGUCGAUUUUUGGUAAGGAAGUGACGGACGCCGACACAACGGCGUUCAUGCCACACAUGUCUCUGGCUUACGGCGUUGAAGACGCAGGAGCGCGGGAGGCGAUCGCGGAUGCGGCGCGCAAAGAACUGAUUCGGUGGUUUGAUGGCUCGGAGGCGCCGCACGCGAAGAUGUCCAUGCAUUGUCUUUCGCUGUGGGCGACGGACACGGACGAUGAUUCGUGCGAUUCCUGGCGGCGCAUCUCUUGGGUCGAAUUUGGGGGCGAUGUGGACGAUUCGGUUCAUCCAACCGUAGAAUAG